AUGUUUUUCAAGGCUGUAUUCAUCGUAUUAUUUGGAAUCGCGAUUCAAUUUUUAUUCAAAACUUUAUUAAUGAUGGAUAUAAACAAAAGAGUAUAUAACCAUAGACCUGGAGAAUGUAGAAUAGUUGAAGGACCGAAACAAGGAUCUGAAGAUUUCGAGGUAAUUGAGGACAAAAAGAUUGCCUUCAUCUCAUCUGGCGUCGUUUAUCUCCCGAAAUCACCUUCUGAUGUGACGUGGAAAGGAGAAAUUUACCUUUACGAUCUCACGAAGCGAACCUAUAAAGCCGAAUUGAUUCCAGUUUUGAAUCUAGAAAAUCCUGAAGAAUUCUAUCCACAUGGACUGUCUCAUUGGAGAAUGAAAGAUGGAACGAUUCGGUUGUUUGUAGUCGUUCACUCAAAGACUUUCCAACAUUCCGUAGUGGUUCUGGACUACGACGAGAAGAAAAAACAAUUGAAUCAUGUGAAAACUAUAAAAGAUGAGAAAUUUGUUCGACCCAAUGAUAUCAUUGCCACUGGAGAGAAUUCGUUUUUGGUAUCAAAUGACGGAGGCACUCAGACGGAGUUAGGAAACAUGCUCGAACUAAUCAGUGGGAUUUAUAAAGGAGGAGUUGUGUAUUUCGAUGGAAAAGUGAGUCACGACGUGAUUGAAAACGAGACUGCAAAUGGGAUAAGUCUGUCACGAAAUGCUAAAACUCUGUUCGUUUCCCAUAUAAAUAGAGAAACAAUCGGGAUCUAUGCAUGGGAUCAGAAACUGGUGUCCGUUCGAAAAAUUUCUGAAGUUGAAACCCUCACUGGAUGCGACAAUUUUUUUAUCGACCCAGAAAAUCAGAUGUGGACGGGUUGCCACCCAGUUACAAAAGACGUUGUGGCUCAUUUUGGAAACCGUUCAGAUCCCACUCUUUACGGUCCUUCUCAAGUUCUUCGAAUCACUUUCUCCAAAGACUUCCAGAAAGCUGAAAUGGUAGAGAUUCUUGCAGACGACGGAAGAUUGGUUUCCGCGAGCACAAUCGCAUUCCCGUUCGAAAAUGGAAAAAAGAUUUUAAUCGGCACUGUUGGUCGCAAUCCUCUCCACUGCGAUGUUAAUGUACCAUUGAACUUAUAUUAA